UAUGAUGGUACACACCACACGACACACGUGGGUAUCUGUGGUUUCACGGAGUACGCUAACUUGAUAGGUUAUCAAAGCGGCUUCAAAAACACAAAAUUCGGAGAAUAUUUAUACUUAAUAAUCAGCUUCGGCGUUGCUAUUUGAUAAUAUAGUCUGAAGGUUCAGCGAUGUCGGAUUUUGAAGACCAAGAUGAUUUUACUGACUCCGAAGACGAAGAAUUACAACAAGCCUUUGCAGAAGGAAAAUUAAAACCUGGCUUAAACGUAGUUGAAGAAGAAACAAAAAAAGUGUUCGUUAACAAUGUGGGUGCGUUGAGGCAUAAAGUCCAAUCGUUUAAGCAAAAAUUACCGUGGGUGGAAUGCUUGGAUUUGGUAAAUGAACCUGCACCUUUAGCACCUGAACUUGCAAUGCAAAUAAAAGAACACGAUGACAAAAGGGAAAAACAGUUGAAAAAUAAUGCUAAACUAGCUAAAAUUACACCGAAGGACGAUCCUGUUGUAAAUGAUUUUCACCGUGAAAUGUUAUUUCAUCAGCAAGCCCAAGCAGCAGUUAUAGAUGGUAUCUCAAGACUAAAGAAACUUGGAGUUUAUACCAAGAGACCAGAAGACUAUUUUGCUGAAAUGGCAAAAUCUGAUGAGCAUAUGCAAAAAGUUCGUAAACAUUUAUUAGCAAAACAAGAAGGUCAAGCUAAAUCAGAAAGAAUGAAACAAUUACGUGAGCAGAGGAAACUUGGAAAACAAUUACAAGUUCAAGCAAAAGUUCAAAGAGCCAUGGAUAAGAAGGAAAUGUUAGAUCAAGUUAAAAAAUACCGCAAAGGGCAAAAAAGUAAUUUGGAUUUCUUAGAUGGCAAUAAAAAUAAACCCAACAUAAAAAAUGUGAACCAAAGGUCUAUGGCUAAAAGGAAAGCGAAGGAUGCUAAGUUUGGCUUUGGUGGCAGAAAGAAGGGAUCAAAAUUAAAUACCAAAGAAUCUGCUGCUGAUGUUACUGCUUAUAGGAGACCUCCAAAACUUACUGGUAAGGGUUCAAAACUGAAAGGUUCUAAAAAACCUGUGCUAAAACGAUUAGGAAAAUCAAGACGGCAGAAAAGCAAAACCCCCAGGGGUAAAAACUGAUUUAUUUUUUUAAAUCAGUAAAUUUCUGCUUUCAUAUUGCAGAAUUAUAUUUAUUAAAUAAGCUUGUUAUGUUUUUAUCAUAAAUAAAAGUUUUAUAUUUAAGGA